AUGCCCCGCGGCUUCCUGGUGAAGCGCAGCAAGAAGUCCACGCCCGUGUCCUACCGGGUCCGCGGCGGCGAGGACGGCGACCGCGCGCUGCUGCUCUCGCCUGGCUGCGGGGGCGCCCGCGCCUCGCCCCCGGCGCCGAGCCCCGGGCCGGGACCGCUGCCCCUGCGGCCCCCGGGCAAGCGGCCGGCGCCCCCCGCCGCCGCCGCCGCCGAGCCGCCCGCCAAGGUAGCCAAGGCCCCGGGCGCCAAGAAGCCCAAAGCCAUCCGCAAGCUGCACUUCGAGGACGAGGUGACCACGUCGCCUGUGCUGGGGCUCAAGAUCAAGGAGGGCCCGGUGGAGGCGCCGCGGGGCCGGGCGGGGGGCGCGGCGCGGCCGCUGGGCGAGUUCAUCUGCCAGCUCUGCAAGGAGGAGUACGCCGACCCGUUCGCGCUGGCGCAGCACAAGUGCUCGCGCAUUGUGCGCGUGGAGUACCGCUGCCCCGAGUGCGCCAAGGUCUUCAGCUGCCCCGCCAACCUAGCCUCGCACCGCCGCUGGCACAAACCGCGGCCUGCGCCCGCCGCCGCCCGCGCGUCCGAGCCUGAAACCGCUGCCAGGGCUGAGGCGCGGGAGGCGACAGGCGGCGGCAGCGACCGCGACACGCCGAGCCCCGGCGGCGUGUCCGAGUCGGGCUCCGAGGACGGGCUCUACGAGUGCCACCACUGCGCCAAGAAGUUCCGCCGCCAGGCCUAUCUGCGCAAGCACCUGCUGGCGCACCACCAGGCGCUGCAGGCCAAGGGCGUGCCGCCCGCGCCUCCGGCUGAGGACCUACUGGCCUUGUACCCUGGGCCCGAUGAGAAGGCGCCCCAGGAGGCGGCCGGCGACGGCGAGGCGGCCGGCGUGCUGGGCCUGAGCGCGUCCGCCGAGUGCCACCUGUGCCCGGUGUGCGGGGAGACGUUCCCCAGCAAGGGCGCCCAGGAGCGCCACCUGCGCCUGCUGCACGCCGCCCAGGUGUUCCCCUGCAAGUACUGCCCAGCCACCUUCUACAGUUCGCCUGGUCUCACGCGGCACAUCAACAAGUGCCACCCGUCCGAGAACAGACAGGUGAUCCUCCUGCAGGUGCCCGUGCGUCCGGCCUGCUAG